UGCUAAUUUAUGGAUUUUCCCCGCUUUCGCAAGAUUCAUGCCGCCAAAAAACAGCACCGUCACAUAAUGUGACGUAAAUGGAGCGCGCUCAAACUUCCCAUCAUUCUGAUUACGGUAGUCAUUUUGUCACCCUCAUCAUGGCAAAGACACGGAGAAAUGCAUAUGAUGCAGCUUUCAAGUUGAAGGCGAUCGAUCUGGCUGUUGGAAAAGGAAAUAGAGCUGCUGCACGGGAGCUUGGCCUUAAUGAGUCGAUGAUAAGACGUUGGAAACAGCAGCGUGAGGAACUGACUCCUUGCAAGAAGACAACAAAAGCUUUCAGAGGGAAGAAAAGCAAAUGGCCCGAACUAGAAAAUGAGCUUGAAGACUGGGUCAACACACAGAGAGCAGACGGCCGAGGUGUUUCAACUGUGCAGAUCCGACUGAAAGCCAAAACAAUCGCCACCGCAAUGAAGUUUGAGGAUUUUAGAGGUGGACCAUCGUGGUGUCUAAGAUUUAUGAGACGUAAAGGCCUGUCCAUCAGGGUACGGACGAGUCUGGGUCUGAAGCUAUUCAACUCUCACACCGAAGGAGAUGACUUCAGUGGUUUCAGCCUAUUUAUUUUUGUUACAAGCCGUGUUUCGUUUAAAAGCUGUAUAAAGUUAAUUUGUUUCAAUGUACCGGUAGACACCUGCGGCUUAUAGACAUGUGCGGCUUAUUUAUGUACAAAAUACUUUUUAGAUUUUUUUAUUCAGUGGGUGCGGUUUAUAUUCAGGUGCGCUUAAUAGUCCAGAAAUUACGGUAGUUUAGCAUUAGAUAGUUAAUCCAGAAAUGUUUACCUUUGUCUCGAUUCGGCAGAUUAGCAGCUGUUUAGCAUUUCAUAUUUUUUUAUUUUUUUGGGGGGGUGGGCUAAAUAUAGGGGAAUAUAUUGAUAAAAGUCACCUUGUCCUAGAGAGAUUUACAUGCUUAUCAAAACUUCACACCAAGGUAAGCUUACAUGAAACACAGCCCUUAUUUUAAGUGUUUAUAAAAUCCCCUAUUGGAAAAACGAUUGGAACCAUUUCCCUGUUUGACCACUAGGUUUUAUGGGUGUUAUGACUCAUACUGUGGUACUCUAUUUCGAUCAUCCAAUAGCAGGGUUUGCCAAACUCUACUUUGUUCAGAAAUAGACUACAUUUUCUUAGAUAAAAUGCCUAUUAUUCCCAUAUAAUGUUUGGACAAUACAUUUUUUUAAAUAGGGGGUGGGAGGUCAUAUAAACACAAACGUACUUCCUUGACAACAGCUCUGCUAUGUGAAGCUCAAGAAGUAUGAAAAAUCCCUGACUUCUUAUCGGAUUGACCAUUUAUAACCUUUAAAAGGCUGUACAUGGUCAAUCCAAUGUCAGCAGUGGCUGUACAUAAUUUACUGCAUAGGGCCUAUGCAAAAGUCAGGGCAUUUAUAUUUAUUGUGCUUCGCUGAGAAGAAGGAAGUUGUCAAGGAAGUGAGUUUGUGUUUAUACUGGACCUCCUGCCUCCACAUAUUCUCAACCAAUCAUGUCAAUGCAGAGCUAUAUGGAGCCCUCCACGUUGUUAAAAAAAAAAUGGGCAGUGCAGGGUAGUACAGAGCUCAAAUUGGUCUCUACAUGCCUCCGGAGGCUCUGCAAUUGCAUCACACCAUCAGAUUAAGCAUAAAUUGCUUUAAGCCUUAUGUUCACCAAAUGUAUCAAACUCUUUACGUUCUGGUGGAAGUCAUUCAUUGUCAAUGGAGCAGUACGCAACACUAGUUGGGGAUGCCGCAGUCACGCCAUAUGUCCACCAGGUGCACGUGCGUUUUGCUAUAUGUUGUUUUUCAAGUUAGUUUUAAUGUCACAUGCACAAGUACAGUGAAAUGCCUUUCUUGCAAACUCAAAACACAGCAAUAAUCAAUAACAAUAACUAGAAAGAAAAAAAACAAGAAAUAUGAAGAACACGAUAAGUAAGUAAGCAUACUAUAUACAGGGUCAGUUCCAAUACCAUAUUUAUAAUGUGCAGGGAUACUGGAGUAAUGGAGGUAGAUAUGUAUAGGGGUAAGUGACUAGGCAUCAGGAUAUAAGAUAAACAGAGUAGCAGCAGCAUGUAUGUGAGUUGGUGUGCGUGUGGGUAGAGUCAAUAUAAAUGUAUGCAUGUUAUGUGUGAGUGAGCAGAGGAUGGGGUGUGUGUGUAUAGAGACAUAAAUAAACAUAAAAAGGUAAAUGAGGAUACAAGGUCAACUCAUUUUUUGCCGGAUAUCUAGUCCGCAUUUUCCAAACUUGAUGCACAUCUGCUUCACAAGGCUGCAGAACAGUUUGCAGCCUGGUUCGACCAAAGUUAAUAAUUAGACUAGAUUCAAGUUCUUCUACUAUGACCUACUCGUUUCAUAGGCUGCACGCAAGGGCGCAUUACGACAAUUAAUCUAGUUUGUUUAUAUUCUUCUGUCACAUUCAUCUCUAGCAACAUGUUCCCAUUUAGCAGGUUUCAAAACUAGAUUCUGCCCGCUGACCAAUUUUUUUCUUGAGCAGAUGGUCGGGGGGCUGGAACGUAAUUACAAAUAAUUUGUAGAUUGCAAAUUGACCGCAAGAAGCCCAAACAGAUAUGUUUGACUAAAAUAUAAUAAUUUCAAACCUUGCUUUGUAUACGAUCAUGUCAUGUCUAGUAUGCGUGGGAAUACUUGGGAACAGAUUUCUUAAAUAAAAAUCACUUGGAGCUGAUUUCCUGGUUUUGUUUUUUGCUCAAAAAACCUAGAGGGCAAAAUCAAAUCACCAACGUGCCUCGCGGGCCGACAGCUGGGGAACCCUGCCAUAUAGAAUACUGAUUUCAAAUCACUAGCUUGCCCUGUAUGAUGGCAUGCUAAAUUAGACAGAACAGUUCUGUGCAUACUCAUUUUGCAUGGCAUUCUUUUGGUUUACUUGAGACAAAAUUCCAAUCCUUCAGCUGGUACCUUCACCUCUCUAACUACACAAUAGCCAUUAUGAUUUGGCCUCUGUACAUUGUGUCACAGUAAAAAGGUGUCCAUUCUACUCAGGACCACUUUUAGUUGCUACUAAUUUGACAGCCCUUAAAGAGUGGCCCAUCAAUUUAAAUCCAAUCUUUUUUUCAUAUUGGACAUACAUAUUGCAGCAUAGAAAAUUAUCUGUACAUUGUGUCGCAGUAAAAGGGUGGGUCCAUUCUACUCAGGAGCACUUCUACAAUAGUUUCCAAAUCUACAGAGUUCACGCCCAGAGGAUCGUAAUAGUUUUAUGUAUGUCCAAUAUGAAAAAAAAUACUGGAUUUAAGUUUACAUGCCACUUUAUAAGGGCUGCCAAAUGAGCAGUGACACUCAUCUGGGUGUUAACUCUGGAUUUGGAAACUACAAGUGCUCAUGAGUUCCCCUUUUACUGCGACACUAUUUACAGAUAAUGUUGUACGGCGCAUUAAAUGAUAGGAGUACACACACAAAAAAACAUUGUUGACCAUUUAGGCUUGAAAAAAAAAAAGACAAUAUCUUAUAUAAAUACUUUCAAUUAUGCUUUGUAUGAUAAUUAGUAUAGAAUAUUGAUAAUUGUGCCAAAAUUAGCAAAGUAUACAGGAUUGGACUUUUAUUCUGAAGAACUCCAAAAAUCCGUGACCCAGAAGUAGUUACCGUAGUUAAUCUUGACCGCUUGGCACAUCUGUGAAGCAAGCAAGAAUAACUAAGUACUUUUGGGUCACCGAUUUUGAAAUCAUUCAGAAUAAAAGUCACGUUCAGACAUUGGCUUGACCAUGUACAGCAUUUUAAAGGUUAUAAAUUGAUAAUCCGAUAAAUACAGCAUUUACUGUGAUAUGGCCUCUGCAGAAGUCAGGUAUUUCAUACUUAUUGAGGUUCACAUAGCGAAGCUGUUGUCAAAAGGAAGUAAGUUUAUAUGACCUCCCGUCCCCACCUACCAUCAACCAAUCAUGCCAACGCGGAGCUUUACAGGCAUGAACAGAGCCCUUUACAUUGUUACAACAUUUAGGAGGAGCACAGAGAUGUGGUGUGGAGCCUGAUAUUGAAGAUUCCCGAGGCUUCGCAAUUAUGCCACACCAUCCGGAAUCGCAUUGCCAGUUCAAUCAUAAAUUGGCUUUCAUUAUUCUUGUUGGCGGAACUGAGGUGUUGCAAUGUAGAUGUAAAUCAGGAAAUGACAUAGCCAGGUCUUCCAUGUUUACGCAGAUGUAUGUUUCGCUAGUUUCUUCGAGGAGCUGUGCAGAGUGAAAAUGCAAAGGACUUGACUUCUGUAAAGUUAUAACUCACCGGCAUUGAUAUAUCCGUAGUUAACGUCAUAUGCAUGGCAAAGCUUAAGAACGUUGUUCGGUAAUUCAAAUUAAGACUCGUUUUAGCUGGCGACAUAUCGUUGCUACGAGCUGGCUAACGUUACCUAGCUAGCUUUCCCCACAACAAGGAGGCGGUAGAAGGAGCUAAUGCAUGUUGGCUAGCAAGCCUCUGAUACGUUUUUAGUAUAUUUUGGUGGACCUAUAUUGUGAGUGAGUGACAAUAAGAGCUAGUCGUUUUUUGCCGUUGGAAGCAAGUCAUGGCUGAAUCCCAGAAAGCGGACCAGUCAGAGCAUACAGGCGAGCCAAACAAGGAGAUGGAGCAGCCAGCUCAGGCUGGAGCAUCUGUGGGCCCAGGAGCAUCACGCAACAAUGCACCAACAGCCUCGGCAGAUGGAAACAGUGGGGAUGAUGCUACCAAUACAGUCAGUGCAAGUACCUCAACUAUAGACGUGGCAGGGGAUGCUGGUAAUUCAGAAACUGUGAAGGAAUCCUAUGUAGAGAAUUCAAAGACAGUGGAAGAAAUGAUAACAGAUGCCUUGCAGACUGUGGGAGAAAUGGCCAGUGAAGAGGAUUCACAGAGAGAAAGAGAAACAGCCAGUGUAGAUGGUUCACAGAAGGAGAGAGAAACAGCCAGUGUAGAUGGUUCACAGACGGAAAGAGAAACAGCCAGUGUAGAUGGUUCACAGACGGAAAGAGAAACAGCCAGUGUAGAUGGUUCACAGACGGAAGGAGAAACAGACCGUGUGGAUGCUUCACAGACGGAAGGAGAAACAGACCGUGUGGAUGCUUCACAGACGGAAGGAGAAACAGACUGUGUGGAUGCUUCACAGACGGAAGGAGAAAUGGCCAGAGUGGAUGCUUCACAGGCGGGAGGAGAAACGGCCAGUGUGGAUCCUUCACAGGCGGGAGUAGAAACGGCCAGUGUGGAUCCUGCACAGGCGGAAGGAGAAACGGCCACCGUGGAUGCUUCACAGGCGGAAAGAGAAGCGGCCAGCGUGGAUGCUUCACAGGCGGAAAGAGAAACGGACAGCGUGGAUGCUUCACAGGCGGAAAGAGAAACGGACAGCGUGGAUGCUUCACAGGCGGAAAGAGAAACGGACAGCGUGGAUGCUUCACAGGCGGAAAGAGAAACGGACAGCGUGGAUGCUUCACAGGCGGAAAGAGAAGCGGACAGCGUGGAUGCUUCACAGGCGGAAAGAGAAGCGGAUAGCGUGGAUGCUUCACAGGCGGAAAGAGAAGCGGACAGCGUGGAUGCUUCACAGACGGAAAGAGAAGUGGACAGCGUGGAUGCGUCACAGACGGAAAGAGAAACGGCCAGCGUGGAUGCUUCACAGGCGGAAAGAGAAGCGGACAGCGUGGAUGCUUCACAGACGGAAAGAGAAGCGGACAGCGUGGAUGCUUCACAGACGGAAAGAGAAACGGCCAGCGUGGAUGCUUCACAGGCGGAAAGAGAAGCGGACAGCUUGGAUGCUUCACAGACGGAAAGAGAAACGGCCAGCGUGGAUGCUUCACACGCGGAAAGAGAAACGGCCAGCGUGGAUGCUUCACAGGCGGAAAGAGAAACGGCCAGCGUGGAUGCUUCACAGGCGGAAAGAGAAACGGCCAGCGUGGAUGCUUCACUUACGGAAAGAGAAACGGCCAGUGCUGAUGCUUCGCAGGUAGUCGGAGAAACCGUUGGUUCAGAUGCACCCCAGACUGUGGAAGUAACAGGCAAUACAAAUGCUUCACAGACUAAUGGUGGAACAGACAUCACAGACAUACCUCUGGACAUGGGAGUAGUGGAUGCCGAUGAUGAGAUGGAGGUCAAUGCUAUCAAAGUGGAGGAGGAACAGAUGCAGGAGGAACACAACUUGGAGGGGAUGCCCAUGAUAACUGCUGUGGAAGAGGGAAGCGACAUGGACGCUUUUAGCAGCAACUCCCUGGAUCAUGGGGAUGAAGUGGAGAAGAUGGACACCGGGACAGAUGCACUGACAGAGAAGCAACGAGAGAAGCCCAGUAAGACCGGACAAGUGGACAACACUGAUUCCAUGCCUUCUAUUGUGGAUACAGAGGACACAGAGCAACCUGCUGAGCAGACCAGCUUUGAGGAGGCUAGCGGCUCGUCUCCACCUAUGGAGGGGGACCAUUCUGAAGAUAUCAAACCAUUUCACCCCAGUCCCACCUCUAGCGAAGCUUUUCUCCCACAGAACAGUAAAGGCUCUGACAGUCCUGCAGGGCUGGAGAAUGGAGUGACAGGACAGCCAGUCAAAGUUGUGGAUCCGACAGCAGAGCCUGUGUCCACCAGCGUUGACACCCUCUCCAUGGUGAAUGUGAAGGAUGAGCCAGUAGAUGAGGAGUAUGACCAGGCCCUGGCUCCAGUCGUCCUCACAGAGGGCGUCAAGGAUGAACCAGACGCAGCGGAGGAGUUGAAAAUCAGUAACGUCUUCUCUGUGGGCGGCGGCCCUACCCCAAUCGCCACAUCCACACCAGUGACCUCCCUCUCCAAGACUGUAAUGCCUCCAUUGACCCCGGCCGCCUCCUCCAUCCCUCCGCUGAUGCCCAUGGCUAUGCGGGUGGCCUGCUCGGCCUGUAACAAGGUGUUACUGAAGGGCCAAACAGCCUACCAGAGGAAGGGCUCCUCGGACCUCUUCUGCUCCACGUCCUGUCUCACCUCCUAUAGUCCUCCGUCUGUCGUCAAGACGACUGCCCCCUGCCCAGCCAAGAAACCCUGCCACUACUGCCUCAAGGAGAUUGCAAACCCCAAGGACGUGAUCACAGCUCCUGUGGACACCAUGGGCACGGUGAAGGACUUCUGUAGCCAGACCUGCCUCUCCUCCUUCAACUUCAAGAGGAACUCUGCCGUCUCCACCCUCUCCUCCUCCCUCUCCACCAUGACUGGGGCCGUCAAGUGCAGCAUGUGCAAAAAGGCCUGCAUUAGUAAACACGAGGUGAUCUUCCAGGGCAGCAUGCACAGGCUGUGCAGCGAGGUGUGCUUCACGCGCUUCCGCUCCACCAACAAGCUGUCCAUGAACAGCUGUCAGAGCUGCAACAACUACUGCUAUGGCAAGGUUACCGUGCUGGUCAUGCAGGGGGUCAAUAAGACCUUCUGCAGCGCCGGCUGUGUCACCACCUUCAAACAGAAAGCUAAGAAGUCUGUGGCAUGUACUAUGUGCCGCAACUUCCGCGCACCGGUGGAGAUGGUCGACAGCGCCGACUCUGAUGGCAAGCUGGAGAUGUUCUGCUCUACUGGCUGUGUUACAGCCCACAAAGUACAGACCGUCAGCUCCUCAGGUGCUCAGGUAGAGUGCAACACCUGUGGUCAGAAGACGGUGCCCUCCUUCCACCUGGCCAUGUCGGACGGCUCCAUCCGGAACUUCUGCACCAUGAACUGUGUUGUCACCUUUCAGGAUCAGUUCAAUAAGAGCAACUCCCAGAGCCAGAUGAACGUGACCCCGGGCACAGGGACCACAGCUCCCCCCGCGGCCCCGGGCCAGACCAGGGACAGGGGAUCCCAAGGGACCAGACUGCCCUGCUUCCAGUGCCACCGCCUCUUCUCCUCCAAGCCCGAGCUCAUUCAGUUCAAGGAUAAGAUGGUAUUCCUCUGUUCAGUAAAUUGCUCUGAGGAGUACAGAAAGAUCAACUAUGAGAUGGCGCGCUGCGAGUACUGCAAGAUUGAGAAGCCAGCCAAGGAGGUCAAGAGAAUCAACAAUAGGGACUACACCUUCUGCAGUGAAGGCUGUAAGCUGCUCUACAAGCACGACCUGACUAAACGCUGGGGGAAACACUGCAGAACCUGUGCCUACUGCGCCUCUACCGCGCAGGAGGCCAUCACGGGCCAGUACGGAGGCAGGGUGGAGGAGUUCUGCUCGGAUGAGUGCAAGUCCCACUACACCCUGCUCUUCUGUCAGGUGGCCAAGUGUGACGCGUGCGAGCGCCAGGGGAAGCUGAUUGAGACCCUGCCGAUGCUGGGCGAGGUGAAGCACUUCUGCAACCUCCAGUGUCUGCUCGACUUCUGCAGCCUGCAGACCCAGAACCAGGGCAAGCCCCAGGGCCAAAAGGUGGCCAUCUCAAUCGCUCAAUCCCCCUCCAAUACUACCACUGCUACGAGCGUGUCUGAUCCUGUCAUCGCCAACGUAGUCUCACUAGCCAGCUCCCCCAUUGGCCAGCCCAACUACACCACUGCUCUGCAAGGGACUGUUCCAAGAAGACAUGUGAAGUAUGUUGGAAAUGCCAGCACACAGACUCAGGCCCCUCGGGCCCCUCCACCCAAGGUUCAGAAGAACAAGGCACUACUCUGUAAACCUAUGGUCCAGAACAAGGGCAUCAUGUGUAAACCCAACUUCACCACCUCAGGGUGCCAGACAGAUGAUAAUUUCCCCAAGGUGAUCGUAGUGCCUGUCCCAGUACCGGUGUAUGUUCCAGUCCCCAUGAACCUGUACACCCAGUACGCCCCCCAGCCUGUUGGACUCCCCAUACCGCUGCCCGUGCCCAUGUUCCUGCCGGUGACUCUGGACAACGCUGAGCGCAUCGUGGAGACCAUCCAGGACAUCAAGGAGAAGAUCCCCUCUGACCCAUUUGAGGCAGACCUCAUCCUCAUGGCCGAGAUGGUAGCCGAGGAGGGGAGGGAGAAGUCCCCGCAGCGACCCCCUGAAAGGCCAGCCCCAGCAGUACAAGAUGAUAUGAGAAGUUUGCCUCGCCUCUCUACUAUAGAUUCUUCUUUUUUAACCCUUAUUGUAGACCAGGGAAGCACUUACAGUGGAGACCUGGACACAGAAGAAUUGAGUAACUUCCUCACCUCUUGGCAUGAUGAGCCACCUCCCACCCCCGGCGUCUCCUCGCGCCACAGUCGAUCCUAUGCCCACGAGACGCUCCGACCCAUCAUGGACAUCCACACCCCCAUCACACCGCCACCCCCAAUCAUGGACAUAGAGGCUGACUUCCCUGUCCAAACCCUGGAGCUGAUGGCCCAUUGGAGGGAUCAGGAGAGGGAUAGAAGUCCCAGUCCUCCACCUUCUCCUCCACGACGAAGAGCCAGAAGGAAAGCUCGGGAUGGCUUGCCACAGAAGAAAAAGAGGCGUAAGUCGAAAGCAGCAGAGACUGUGUCAGUGGUGGCGUCACUGGGUGAGACGCAGAGUGACGUGGUGCCCGGCGAGCCCCCUAAACUGCAGCACAUGUACGGGGUGGACGCCUGGAAGAGAUGGGUCCAGUGGAGCAAGACCCAGCCUGACCUGGAGAAGCCUCGAUUUGGCUCGCGACCAAUGGAGAUAAAAGAGGAUGUUUUAAAGUGCACUACAGCAGAGCUGGGCUACGGUCUCUGUCGGUUUAUUUGUGAAGUCAAACGACCCAACGGAGAGUCCUACAGCCAGGACAGUCUGUUCUAUCUCUGCCUCGGCAUCCAGCAGUACUUAUUUCAGAAUGGGCGCAUGGAGAACAUAUUCACUGAUCUCUUCUAUGGCAAGUUCACCCUGGAGAUCACCAAGCUGCUGAAAGGCUUCAAACCUACCAUAACGGCCAGUGGCUACCUGCACUCGCGGGUGGAGGAGGAGUACCUGUGGGACUGUAAACAGCUGGGGGCCUACUCUCCCAUCGUGCUGCUCAACACGCUGCUCUUCUUCUGCACCAAGUUCUUCCAGUUCAAGACGGUGGCCCAGCACCGCCAGCUCUCCUUCGCCCACGUUAUGCGCUGCACCAAGUCCAUCCACGACAACACCAAGUCCAACUUCCUGCGCUUCUACCCGCCCAUCCCCAAGAAAGACCUAGCUACUGAGACAGCAGCGGAUGCAGAUGGUGUGGCAGCGAAGAGGAAGAGGGAUGACGAAGAGAAAGAGGAGGUGCUUGAGAUGAUGGAGAACAGUGAGAAUCCCCUCCGCUGUCCUGUCCGAUUGUAUGAGUUCUACCUUUCCAAGUGCUCGGACUCGGUAAAGCAGCGCACCAACGUGUUCUUCCUGCUCCCGGAGCGCUCGUGCGUCCCCAACAGCCCCAUGUGGUUCUCCUCCCAGGGCCUGGACGACCACACCUUGGACACCAUGCUGACACGCAUCCUCACCGUCAGGGAGAUUCAUCUGGGAGACCCCCAGAGGAACAAGCCCCAGUCCAAGGACCCUGAGUGGGUCCCCGACCAACAUGACGACAACUCGGAUUGACCAUGAGGACUGGUACACACACACACACACACACACACACACACACACACACACACACACACACACACACACACACACACACACACACACACACACACAGUUAUAAGCUUUUGUUUACACACAAACACUACGUGUUGAUCCGUAAGGACUCCUAGGAUCCACCUUCAGCCAUGUGUGAAGAAGAGUGGUUUCACACAGUUCUAGACUGAGACGGUGUCAUGUACACACAUUGUGUAGGAGAUGUGUGUACAUGCAAAUUAUAAACAGAUGCUCAACUGCUCAAUGGAGACACCGUUCAUGCAGUCUGGUCACUACAAGGCAAAUGGACGGGAAAAAGUAGGAGGAAUCACUUUAAGAACUGCCAUACUGCCUUUGUCAGCAUUAUUGUGGUCGUAGAGAAAAACAUGUCCGGUGAACAAGCUAUUUUCAAGUUCUUUAACGUCACCAUGGGAGAGAGACGAUGCUCUCCAGCCCUCUUCAACAUGGACUCCGAUUGGGGAAAUGGUCAAAAGCUUUUAAGAAUUUGGGAUCCCAUAUCUGACCAGGUCCUGUACUGCUGAAUUCAAUAUUCCCUGUCUUUCUGCAGGAUUCACUGCAGAAAUGACAAUGGAUUGAAAUGAAUGCCAGUGAUUGCAAUGCCAUGUCAGCGAAGUUGUUUGAGAUUUUGUGUGUUAAAGGGAUUAGCCUCGUUGUUUUGGGAAUGAGAUAAUAUUGUACGAACAACGAGUGAUAACUUGCUAUCAGUGGUGUUGUCCAUUGCCUACUAAAAUGGAUGGCUGGCAGACAUUCCUUGAAUUGACUGUUAUAUUGAGUCAUUUCAACUUGUUAAAAUGCUUGAUGUCAGUGCCCCUACACGCAUGUAUAAUGUUGAAGGAAGGAAAUGUCAUUCUGUAUUUCCUUAUGUAGAACACUUGUGAUGUCAGGAAAGAGGACGUAGAAUUGUUUGUUCAUUUGGAAAGACAAGCAUUUACCUUGCAAGUGCUCCCCAUACUAGUUCAAAAUUGCAUAGAUUUUGUUCUGAGAAACUUUUUUUAAAUCAAAUAUUUUUAAAUAAAUACUGAAAAACAAA